CCAGCUAUUACGAAGAGACAGGCUGCAGAAUAACGACCCCAUAUCGCUCCAGAUCGUCCCAUCCUCCUAGGGGCUGGGGCAGGGAAAUGGCUGUGGUGGAUCCAACUCAGGUGCCGGUGACUUUCGAGGAGGUGGCCGUGUAUUUCACCGCGGAGCAGGGGGCUUUGCUGGACUCCAAUCAGAGAGCCCUCUACAGGGACGUCAUGCAGGAGAAUUAUGAAACUGUGACCUCGUUGGGUCUCCCCAUUCCCAAACCUGCCCUGAUCGUCCAGCUGGAAGCAGCAGAAGAGCCGUGGGUCCCGGAUCUCCCAGACUCCAAGGAAAGGAAGAUCCCAAGAGGCACCUGCACAGCAGGUGACGAGACAAUGAGUGAGAACGAGGAUGGGAAUCCACAGCAGGAAGGUCCUGAGCAAGUGGAACUGCAGGGGAGGUUUCUGAGAAGAGCUGAAGGGAAUUUUUCCCAGUGCUGGGAAGAGAGAGAAGCCUGGAGUCAUCGGCACAGGACAGAGAGGAAGCUGGGAAACAGGCAAAAGAAUAAAGUGGACGAUUUCAUUGAAUGCAGGGGAGGAGGCAAGGAUUCCCAGGAAACCACAGCCCAGCAGGCAAAUCCCAAGGAAAAGAAACCCUAUAAAUGCUUGGACUGUGGGAAAAUCUUCAACUGGAUCUCAAAUCUUACUACUCAUCGGAGACUGCACACGGGAGAGAAACCAUAUAAAUGUCUUGAGUGUGGGAAAAGCUUUAGUCAGUGCUCAGGCCUUAUUAGCCAUGGGAGAACCCACACAGGAGAGGGACCAUAUAAAUGCCUUGAAUGUGGGAAAAGUUUCAGUACCUCAUCAGUCCUUAUUAUCCAUCAGAGAACCCACACAGGAGAGAAACCAUUUCAAUGCCUUGAGUGUGGUAAAAGUUUCAGUCAGCGCUCACAUCUUACUAGCCAUGGGAGAAUCCACACAGGAGAGGGCCCACAUAAAUGCUUGGACUGUGGGAAAAGUUUCAGUGGACCAUCAGCUCUUACUGCACAUCAGAGGAUCCACACUGGAGAGAAACCCUAUAAGUGCUUGGACUGUGGGAAAAGCUUCAGUCAGAGCUCAAGCCUUAUUAGCCAUAGGAGAAUCCAUACAGGAGAGAAACCCUAUAAAUGCCUGGCGUGUGGGAAAAGUUUCAGUGUAUCAUCAGCCCUUAUUGUACACCAGAGAACCCACACGGGAGAGAAACCCUAUAAAUGUUCGGACUGUGGGAAAAGCUUCAGUCUGCACUCAAGACUUAUAAACCAUAGCAGAAUCCACACAGGAGAGAGACCAUAUACAUGCCUGGAUUGUGGGAAAAGUUUCAGUCAGCGCUCACAUCUUAAUAGCCAUGGGAGAAUCCACACAGGAGAGGGUCCCCAUAAAUGCUUGUACUGUGGGAAAAGUUUCAGUGGCCCAUCAGCCCUUACUGCCCAUCAGAGAACCCACACAGGAGAAAAACCCUAUAAGUGUUUGUACUGUGGGAAAAGUUUCAGUCAACAGUCAAGCCUUGUUAGCCAUGGCAAAAUCCACACGGGAGAGGGACCAUAUAAAUGCCUUGAGUGUGGGAAAAGUUACAAUGCACCAUCAGCACUUACUGUACAUCAGAGAACUCACUCAGGAGAGAAACCCUAUAAGUGCUUGGAGUGUGGGAAAAGUUUCAAUCAGCGCUCACAUCUUACUAGCCAUAGGAGGAUCCACACAGGAGAGGGACCCCAUAAAUGCCUUGAGUGUGGGAAAAGUUGCAAUGCCCCAUCAGCCCUUAUUGUACAUCAGAGAACCCACACAGGAGAGAAGCCCUAUAAAUGCCUCGAGUGUGGGACAAGUUUCAGUGUACCAUCAGCCCUUAUUACACAUCAGAGGACCCAUACGGGAGAAAAACCCUAUAAAUGCCUGGACUGUGAUAAAAGCUUCAGUCAGAGCUCAAAUCUUACUGCCCAUCGGAGGCUGCACAUGGGAGAGAAACCCUGUAAAUGCUUGGACUGUGGGAAAAGUUUCAGUGCACCAUCAGCCCUUAUUGUACAUCAAAGAACCCAUGUAGGAGAGAAACCUUAUAAAUGCCUCCACUGUGAGGAAGGUUUCAGUCAGCGCUCAAACCUUGUUAGACAUCUGACAAUCCACACAAGAGAAAACCCCUAUAAAUGCACUGAAUGUGGAAAACAUUUCGCUAGCCACUCAGGCCUUUUAAAACAUAAGAGAAUCCAUACUGGAGAGAGGCCCUAUGGAUGCAGUGUGUGUGGGAAAACCUUCAGUCAGAGCAUUCACCUUAUUCGACAUCACAGGAUCCACACAGGAGAGAAACCCCAUGAAUGCAGCGAGUGCGGGAAAACCUUCACUCUGAGCUCCACCCUUAUUAACCAUCAGAGGAUCCACACAGGAGAACGACCAUAUACAUGUAGUGAGUGUGGGAAAAAGUUCACUCAGAGCUCAGGUCUUGUUAAACAUCAGAGGAUCCACACAGGAGAGAAACCUUACGAAUGCUGUGAGUGUGGGAAAAGCUUUACCGACAGGUCAGACCUUAUUAAUCAUCAGAGGAUCCACACAGGAGAGCGACCCUAUAAAUGUAGUGAGUGUGGGAAAAAGUUCACUCGGAGCUCAGGUCUUCUUAUACAUCAGAAGAUCCACACAGGAGAGAAACCCUACAAAUGCUGUGAGUGCGGGAAAAGCUUCAUUCAGAGCUCAGCCCUGAAUAAACAUCAGAGGAUCCACACAGGGGAGAGAACCUACGAGUGCUGUGAGUGUGGGAAAAGCUUCAGUCAGAGCUUUCACCUUAUUCGACAUCACAGAUUGCACACAGGAGAGAAACCCUACAAAUGCAGUGAGUGCGGGAAAAGCUUCACUCAGAGCUCAGCCCUUAAUAAACAUCAGAGGAUCCACACAGGGGAGAGACCCUACGAAUGUUGUGAGUGUGGGGAAAGCUUCUUUGUAAAGUCAGACCUUAUUGAACAUCAGAAUAUCCACGUGGGAAAGAUACCUCAUCAGUGCUCUGAUUGUGGAAAAAUUUUCACACAGAGUUCAUCCCUUAAUGCACAUCAGAGGAUCCACACGGGAGAGCGCCCCUAUGAGUGCUGUGAGUGUGGGAAACUGUUCAGACAGAAAUCAACUCUAAUUACACAUCAGGCAAGGCAUACAGGAAAGAGACCCUAUCAAUGCUGUGAUUGCGGGAAAGGCUUCAGUGUGAGCUCAGACCUCAUUGUACAUCAGAGAAUUCACACGGGAGAGAGACCUUAUAGAUGCUCUGAGUGCGGGAAAAGUUUCACCCGGAGCUCACCCCUUAAAAGACAUCAGAGUGUUCACAGGAGAAAGAGACAGCACAGAAACUCUGUGUAGGGUGGAGAAAAAAUUUAAAAAAACCAAAACACAUUUGUUGAUUCCCACAUAGUGACCUUCUGGCUUGUUUGCACCAUUUGUGUCACUUGUUCUCUCAGACCCCUCGUGUGUUGACCACUUGUGCCUUUUACAGGUCGCCCUUCUCUAGGUGAAUCCCGUUGUCCUUUCUCCCAACCCCUUUCUCCUGUGAGUCAUUGGAGUGUGUGUCCUUCCAGCAAGGAGUUUCCAUCAGCCCCAGGUGGGGGAAAUUGGGGUGACCACAAGUAGCUUCACUGAGUGAAAAGAGACUAGGUUUUUGUCUUCUACUCUAGGAUUUCCCUUGGAGUCGGCGUGCUCGAGGUAACUAUCCUGAUGUAAACACACCGCUCUGUUUGCAGUGCUGACAUCGCCCAGGCACAGGGGUUGGGGUUAGCUGGCAUUCUCCCCUUUGCCCUGUCCUAAUGGACACCCAUUUUCCUGGUCUGGACAAGCCCUGAGCAUCACGUUUAUACUGUCACUGCAGUAGCAGAGCAAUUGUUAGUCACCAGUUCCCUCUUUGCUGACAAAAUGUCUCCUUCCCAGUUGUGCUCAUGCUGGUACAGGUUGUGCUGGGCAGCAGGUAUUUUUACUUUUAUCAGUAUCCUUAUUGACAAUACAUUUCAAUAUAGCAAAGAGGAGAAGCAGGAGUAGGACAAAUGUUUCAUUUCAGCCUCUGCGAUGCCGGAAGGAAAUGGGGUGAGUCGGAGGGAUUCCCUCCUUCCCCAUCACCAUCACUGUGCCCUCUCACUCCAGCAGUGAUGGCGUCUGUGUGAGGCACAAUGGAGUUUCUCCACCUCUAUUCUACCCCUCCAGCUCCCAGAGAGUCUCUGCAAUUAGUAUCAAUUUGAUUCUAAAUCUGACUCAUUAGAGCUGGCAAUGAAAGUGUCCCAAACAUAGUGGGGAAUUCCAGUGGAUCCGAAACACUGUGACAUCAUUCUGAGUUCAAAUCCCAGUUGCUGUCUAUUGACGAAGCCACUUCUGGACUUUUUCCUGCUGAUUUGGGAUUCUUUGCAGAUGAGAAGGUUGGAAUUUUUCCUAUUAUGAUGAUGCUUCCCCCUGCCCCUCCCAAUAACAACGCCAUAAUAACAGAGUGCUGUUGCUGAAGCAGGUUUGAACGGAUCAGAGGAGAAAGCAAUGGGUGAAUCUUCUUUCCUGAUUUCUGAGUCAUCAGAUGUAACCUGAUCUGGAAUUUCAUUUUUCAUGAAAGAGAAAGUGACUUACACCACGCCGUGUUUCUCUCUGUCUCCUGAAGAUCAUUUGGUCACAUAAUCGAAUAUCAGUUGUGUUCUCCAGGAUGUAGCUCGGAUUUAUCAAGGACUUUGGGAGAAAUGACUGUUGGCUAAAAGAGUCCUUCCUUAAUUUAUCUCCCCCCACCGCUGCAUGAUGAUAUUGCAGAAGCUGUAGUGCAGUUCACGCACCAGGAGAGGCUGCUCCAAGCCAUUGGGCCCGCUGCCAAGGAAACAGGAGCGGGCUUAGGCCUCCGUCCACUCUGAAAUGGUAACAGCAGCAAAGCCCUGACUGCAACUAACUGAAAUAACUGGGUCCAUGUGGGCUAUUUGGGAAACGCUUUCCCUGUCUGAGCUGAUGUGAGAAAACAAGUACAUUUGUGAAUUUGCCCGUGAUAGACACGCAAAUGUGGACUGAAAUGAACUCCGUGUUGAAAGUGAGAUAACUGCAGAAUAUCUAUUUUAAAUAAGUUUUCCCUCCUUUGGUCCCUACAGGGAUUCGGAGGCAGGAGUGUUUCUAGUCCCUAACUUACACCCUGUGCCACCAGAUUAAAGAAACAAAUUGGGCAUGUUUGGGGAAGCCAUUCCUCACUUACUCAGCUCAGAUGUUGGGUGGUUUGGUAAAGGACUGUGUUCCGGAGGAAUGGAAACACUGUGACCAAGGCCAAGGAUUUGGAAGAACUCAGGCUGAUAUAGCAGACACCCACUAGUUGAUUGUUGCCCCAGAGAAGGAAGCUGUGGUGAACUACGGUCCAGGUAAAAUUGUUUGUUUCUAAAACGCUCCCUAGUUCAGUGUCACUGAUUACAGGUCCAGUGGAUGCCAGGGCUACACUGGAAGGUCCUUCACUAUUUGGAUCCAUGAUACAAAGUGAAAAAUAGUUGAUGCCUUUAGAGGGGACUUUCCUUCCCCAGCCUGAUUGAGCACCAAGGACUUCCAUUCUGUUCGAAUGACAGUAACAGAGAAGGAACUCAAUGUGUAAGGCUCCAGUUUCAGACGGCUGGAAGUACAAAUGUUGAGUCCUGAUUCCGUGCUUGCUCUUGUCACUUUGUUUUGCUCAUGUCUGUUGUACCACUCCGCCUCCACUUCCUGCGACUAUGAAUGAUUGGCAGGAGUGAAUAUAGAGGCAAGGUCCAUUUUCUCGUGAUGCAAACCUUCCUACAGAGUGUGAGCCCCCUUCCACCAACACUUCUUUCAGAAGAACCAAAGAUCAAUGAACUCACAGAUGUGGAAAGCUCCUAGGCUGGUGUAGCCAAUAUUUACGCAGUGCUCACUUGCUGGAAAUGGGGCUUAAAAUGAAACAAACAGGUAUGAUAAGAUUUUAUAAUCUUUGACUAUGUUCUCGUUCCCAGCGAAAAUGGAAUUAAACAUGAAGUUCAUUAUUGUUUAAAGCCUAACUUAGUGAUUUCCUGAAUUAUAUUGGAACCCCGCGACUUCCAUUGGUUCAUUUUUUUUUGUUAGUACUAUACGAACUGAUGGCCAGUCCUGACAAGUUUAUUUGAUGUCACAUAUCCCCUUUGGACUGGGGAGUUCUGACAUAAAACAUCACUCCAAGGCUGAGGUGGCAGAAUGUCUAGGAGGAAUAGUGUAUAGGAGAACACGGACCCAGUCUAGAAGACAAUUUUUUCUAUUUCAAAUGGAAUUUUUUCUGACAAGCUCUAAAGUAAAAUUAAUAAGGCGACAAGUUGUGUAACCUUUUACCCAGUUAGACAGUAUGGUCACUGAGUUCCUCUCGUCUCCGCAAAGUGAAGAUGUAUGACGUCUGUCAGGAGAUGUCCGCGAUUCUUUUUAUGAAUGGCAAUGGAUGCAUGAGGCAAUAGGUAGUUUGUUCGGGUUUUUUGUUUAUUUUGGCUACUCAUUAUAUUUAUGGCAGCUGAGACCCCUUUUCCUUUUUUAAGGAAGCCCACUGUCACAGUUCAGCCUUUUAACCCCCAGGCAAGGCUAAUGUAACUUCUAAACGGUCCUUGGAUUUCUUUCAUUUUGGAGAUCUUUGGGGUUCAAACCUCCACAAUGCUUGUGGUUCUCAACAGCUGAUAUUUUAAGAAUACUGGUGGCUUUAAUGAGACUUUUCCAAACUGAUGAUAACCCAAAGUUUGCCUCGCUUGAAAUGGAUCCGGUAAUAGUGUCUGUAAACAAAGCGUCCUUCACUCCUCAUAUGCCUGGAGACUUCAGGGGAAUGACUGUAAUGUGAGGUGAGCUGGAAUCCUCAACCAUAAAGACCAGGGUAAAGGCCAGAAGCCCUUUUGCACCAGCAACCUGUCAAAUAAAGAUGGACAUUCCAGGACACUGUGAGUGAUCCCCUCUGGGGAAGGAAGACAUAAUAUCAGCAACAGGCUGUGCCAGCCUUGACCUCUCUCCCCAUACCUGAGAAAGCUUAUGAAUGUGGAGUACUGAGCCUGUGACCGCAUCACCUAGACUGCCGCUUUAGCUCCUACUCCAUGGGAGUCCAAAAAGCUGCAGAGUUUCCAUCACAUGUCAAUUUCAAUGUCUUAUUGUUUGAUUUUUACAAAGUGGGUGUCAUCCCAGCCUUUCUAUUGUACUGCAGUGGGGCUCUGCACGUACCUGUGUGUAUGAACCCUGUCACAUCCACGCAGGGAAGGAGCUAGAAAAAAAUUCCCAAAUCGAAAUAACUCUAAAAUAUUGCCCAUCAAAACAACUGAAUAUGUGCUCCUCAUUCUGUGAAAGUGUUCAAAGAACCUCAGCUGUCAGAUAGAUAUCAAAAUUCUGUGUAUUAAGGUCUGUCUCUAUUAAUUCUUUGUAGUAAGGUCUGUUUCUAUUAAGUUUUUUAUCUUUGGAAGCCAGCAGGAGAAGGUUAGCCACAUACUGAUGAAAUUGAAGAGGGAAGCUAUGAGAUUGUGGCUUAAAUGUGAACAAUCAGUUGGUCUUAGUAUUGAAAUAUUCGAGCGGCUCAGUGCGGAUCACACUGCCUGAGUGAAAUUCAGUAGCUGAGAUGAAUAACUAAAUGCACAGCUGCCUCCUUGGUUUCUGUUUCAGGUUUUUGAAGGAUUGAUUUUCUGCUGUAUUAUUCUGAUGAUUUGGUUGAACGGAUGACUUGGUUCCAAAGCAGGAUCCUAGUUGCCUGACUCAUUUCCUGAUCUGACCUGUACUGUGUACCCGAGAGCGAGCUGAUGGUGCUGGUAGUAGUUUAGGUUCUUCAUUUUGUGUGUUCUAUAUAUUUCAUUUAAAUGAACAAAGAUAGUGAGUCAUUUUCCAGUAA